AUGGCCCCUCCUGGUGAUACCCAGAUUACCGAGGCAACGGAGACGACAGCUCUCUUGAGCAAAGAUACCACGAAAUCAAUUGAUCCGUUGUCGAAUGGUACCAAUGGGCACGCAGUUAAUGGGAAUUCCAUCUUGACCGACACGGUAGACCCGGAAAAUGGCCAGGUCGAGGAGAUCGACAAUAGCCCACUGUUGGCGAGCAAGCCUGAACCCCCUCAGAACCUGUAUCUAUUCCUCCCGGCCGUGGGUCUUGGGAUCCUACUGAGCGCCGCAGAUCAAACUCUCAUUGUUUCUAGCUAUGGAAAGAUAGGCUCAGAUCUCAAUGCUUUGAAUAACACGAGUUGGGUAGCUACAGCAUAUUUCCUCACUCUAACCAGCUUCCAACCAUUAUAUGGCAAGCUUAGCGAUAUCUUUGGGCGCAAACCCGCUCUCCUAUUUUCAUACCUAGUCUUCGGGCUUGGCUGCCUCUUCUGCGGUCUCGCAAGGAAUCUGGGAGAACUUGUUGCUGCAAGGGCCUUUGCUGGCAUUGGCGGAGGGGGGAUGACAACCGUUGUGAGCAUUCUGCUCAGCGAUGUCAUACCGUUGAGGAAUCGAGGGACGUGGCAAGGCUAUGUGAAUCUCAUCUAUGCAGCGGGUGCAUCUGCGGGGGCGCCCCUGGGAGGCGUGUUGGCGGAUUCUAUAGGAUGGCGCUGGGCUUUCCUCGGCCAGGCACCUGUUUGCUUGGCAGCUUUUUUGAUCGUAUAUUUCGUACUCGACCUCCCUCAGCCCGAACAAUCUCACUUGAGGGAGAAGCUUGCCAAGGUUGACUUUCUCGGAGCCUUCACUCUGAUUAUCUCUGUUUCUUCCUUGCUCCUUGGCCUAGAUCGAGGAAGCAAUGUAGGAUGGAACGACACUAUUACCAUCACAUGUUGUAGCCUCUCCAUUCCUCUCUUGGCCGUCUUUGUCUUUGUGGAGAUGAAGGUUGCAGCGUUCCCAUUUGCUCCUGGCCAUAUCAUCUUCGAACGCUCAGUCGUCGCCAGUUACAUUGUCAAUUUCCUCAGUCUUGCGGGUCACCUUUCCGGCAUAUUCUAUGUCCCCCUCUAUCUCCAGGUCGUUGACGACCUCUCCGCCGCCGCGGCCGGUACCCGAAUGAUCCCCCCCCUCAUCGCGAGCGUCAGCGGCUCCCUCCUCGGCGGGAUCAUCAUGCAGCGAACAGGCAAAUACUACCGGCUCACGAUAUGCAGCCUCGCGCUCUCGGUCCUCGGGAGCAUCAUCAUCUUCCUCUCGGCCGGCAUCUUCCAGUUCUCCUGGGGUCUGAUCAUCGGCCUCUGCUUCUCCGCCCUGGGAAUCGGCUCCACCAUCACCACCACCCUGAUCAGCGUCAUCGCUAACAUCGACCCCAAGGAUCAGGCCAUCGCUACCGCCUGCACGUAUCUCUUCCGCUCGCUGGGCAGCGUCGUCGGUGUCAGCCUUGGUUCCACACUCGUGCAGCAGGUCCUGCGCCGCCGCCUCCGUGCCGGCUUGGAUAGCGGCAGCGAGGCCGAUAAGAUCGUCGAGAGGGUCAGGCAGAGCUUGGAUUUCAUCAAGGAGCUGGAGCCCCACACGAGGGCGAUCGUUAUGCGUUGCUAUGAGAAGGCUACGACGGCGGCAUUCGGCUUGACCAUUGCUUAUAUGAGUAUGGCGCUCAUCGCCUCGUUCUGGAUCAGGGAGACGAAGUUGAGUAGAUAG